GAAGGACGCCUACGCAGUUAGUGCAGAACAGCCAUAGAGACAGGCUGAAGGGCGGCUUUCAAAUUUGGCUUGCACCACGUCUUGAGACUGGGAAAGUUCUCACCGAAGAAACCCAACAAAAAGAGAGUUGGAUAUUGAGUCGCCCAGCACCGAGCCACCAUGCCCGGGCCAGGGUUAACCAGGAAUAUCUUAGCGGCUUUCUGUACAAUUCUCAUGGGAAUUCAUCUUGGAUUUCAAGGCGGAACAACUCCCUUGGCUUUCGCUGAUACUCCGGCGAAUUGCUCCUUUGAUCUCAUACAGGGUCAAUGGAGGUUUUACAUCGGACCGGGUGGGAAAACAAACAAAGUGGACUGCUCGCACCCAUGGAAGGCUGUUUCAAGGUGGACUGUGACGUUACAUUUCCCGGAUGUAGCAGUGGACAAGAAAGGUAUGACGGGAUUUUGGACCCUCAUUUACAACCAAGGGUUCGAGGUGGUCAUUCACGGCAGAAAGUUUUUCGGGUUCAACGACUACAAAGUUAUCACGAAGAAACAUGUCAUCAGUUAUUGCAACGUGACGUCGGGUUGGGUGCACAACUCCGACGGGAGGGACUGGGCCUGUUUCCGGGGUGAGAAAGUGGCCGGGCCGGGAGUGGGGAAACCCCCGCCGACCUACACGGCAGGCGAACUGGACGAGAGUCGGCUCUACAAACAGAACGCGGAGUUUAUUGACAAAAUUAAUGAAAAGCAGACCUCUUGGAAAGCGGGAUGGUACAGCCGGUAUGACAACAUCACAAUGGGAGAUCUACAGAGAAGGGCCGGCGGCAGGAAAUGGAAAAACGCUUACCCGCCGCCAACGGUACCAAAUGACAUCACAAAAGCUGAAAGCGCCCACCUACCUGAUGAGUUCGAUUGGCGUAAUGUGGGCGGAGUCGGCUUCACCCCUCCCGUACGGGACCAGGGCAUCUGCGGAUCUUGCUACGCUUUCGCCUCCACGGCCCUACAGGAGUCCAGGUACCGGGUCCUGACUAAUAACUCAAUCAAGCUGCUCCUCUCGCCCCAGGAGAUCGUCAGCUGCUCCGAGUAUGCGCAGAAGUGCGAAGGUGGCUUUCCGUAUCUUGUUGCUGGUAAAUACGGUCAAGAUUUUGGUCUGGUGGACGAUUCCUGCUUCCCGUACACGGAGUACAACGAGCCAUGUCGCCCCGUAACCUGCCGUCGCUUCAAGACCUCGGACUACCGUUACAUCGGCGGUUUUUACGGCGCCUGUAACGCUGAUUUGAUGAAAAUCGAGCUACUUCGGAACGGUCCGAUUGCCGUGAGCUUCGAGGUGUACGAUGAUUUCCUUUACUAUAUGAGCGGUAUCUACAAGCACACUCAGCUGACGGAUAACUACAACCCAUGGCUAACGACAAACCACGUGGUCCUAGUGGUCGGGUACGGCUUCUCUGGGGACGAUCCCGAAACCGGGGAGAAAUACUGGAUUGUGCAGAACACAUGGGGUAACCUGUGGGGGGAGAUGGGCUACUUCCGCAUCAGGAGGGGGACUAAUGAGGUCAAUAUUGAAAGUAUGGCUGUUGCUACAUUGCCACGCCCAUAAACAAAGCUCAAGAGAACUGGAAACAAAUAUGUAUCUACUUCUAGAAGAUAACAAAUGAAACUAAGUUGGAUGUAUCGUACUCAUAAACUAAGAGUUCAUUAUUUUAUGAUUUAUGAAAACUUAAAAAAACGUUAUCUAACCCAUGAAUUAAAAACAACCAUCAAAAAGAGUGGGAACAAAAUAAAAUACUGAUGCACUCCAGACGACCACUCAGCACUAAGUUUGGAGGUUUCUUUCUCCGAAAAGAUAAGUUCAUUAUUUUCCGAAUUAUGCAAACCCCCAAAAAUAUUUUCUAACCCAUAACAUGAUCAAGUUCAUCAAGAGGAGUGAGAACAAAAUACCGAUCCACUGCCAACAGAAAAAAAAAAUGCUAUUAAGUGGGAUGUUUCUUUCUCCAAAAAGACGAGUCCUUUAUUUUCUGAAUUAUGCAAACUACAAAAAAACGUUAUCUAACCCAUAACAUAAACAAAAACAAGUUCACCAAGAUGAGUGUGAACAAAUACUGAUCCACUGCCGGAAGAUAACAAAUGAAACUAUAAGUGGCAUUUUAUUUCUCAAAAAGACGAAUCACUAAUUUUCUGAAUUAAAACCAUAACCACGCACAUAAAAUGAAAUAUCUCAAGAGAAACGAAAAAUAAUCCUGAUACAAUGGCAGAAGACAGCUAAAGCAACACAGGAAUUUUCUUUCUCAAAAAAUAUGAGUUCAUUAUUUUCCGAAUUUUAUUGUAAAAACUUAAACGAACUGUACAGAAUUGG